GCUCCGCUCAAUUCUUCUCAUCGAACGCAAAACAGACAGAUUCCGGUGUGUGCACUAUUUCCUUCAUUUGGGGGCAGCAAUAUUAAGGCACAGGGGUUACAUUAGGACGGGCAAAACUGAACUCUAGGCUGGUGAUGUGAUCGGUGGAACUGAACAUGGUAGAACGGAGAAAAAAUUCUCACGUACAUCAUUGAUGUGUUGCCACCGUUUUCUAUGGGUGGCACAGUACUGCAGAACAUGGUUGGUGCCGUUUGAAGUUGUCGAUAAAUCGGGGUUGUGCAGGUGGAAGAUUAUUUCCGUGUGGCCUACCAAAACAUUUUGACAGCUGCCUCGUAUGUCUCGGGCCGUUUCUUGUAGAAUGAAGUAAGAAAAAUUACAUAAUUUGUGCACUGGGGUAACUUUAUGGAUCGUGAGCCUGUGACCUUAUGGCAAGUUUCUUAAUGAAGAUAUGAAUAUAAAAAAUCUAUCAUUAGUUUGUAGCCAUUGGAAACAAUGAUAGUCAAUUCUUUACCUGCUAAAUGCUUGCGUUUGUUGCUAUGAUUAUGUAAGCUACCUUGAGCUGUGGCACCAAAGCAUCGUUCGGCAGAACGACAGAUAAGGCUUUGGAACGGGGAGCUUAAUGUUACUAAAAAUGUACGAUAAAUUAGACUUGGGGCUUCCGGUUAGUGAAAGGGCCACCAAUUCAACGGCAAACAAUUACAAGGGUUGAAAGCAAAUAUUAAGGAUGACAUGGGCGGAGAAGCGUAACACUGCGCCAACACAGGCGUCCCAUCGAUCUACUACCGUCGUCGAAAACUACUCGUCUCUAGAAACAGUGCGACUAUCCUGGUGCGUUCUCAACUAUGUCCUAUUGCGGAUCAAAAGAUCCUCCCUUAUCCGGUCGCAUUUUUUCAUCACGAACGAACGCUCUGGAAUGCAUAUGGAUGUUGAUAUUGGAGAGAAGUACAGACAGUGGGAGGAAAAGGCCAAUAGAAAAAAACGGUCCUUCCAUCCCCCACAGUUGCAUUUACAGUGCAAAUGCAACGCUCGGACUCCCAAAUGUUCUACGAUUCUAGAUCUGAAAAUCCUGAGAGAAAUCUGUCAAAUAAAAAAUAAACGCGUCCAGUAAACAAAGAGAGCGAGAUAUUAAGAACACAAGUACAGAGGGAUCCAAGAAUAUCAGACCCGCGUUCCUUCAUCCAAAAAAGGGAUCUCCUCUCGACCGACCGCUGCAUCAUUCCCGGGCAGCAGCGAGCGUUCCCGAGACAUCUGCUAAAGAGUUUCCCGUAAGCCAGAAGCUUCAACACACAAGCAAGAAAAGAGAUUCCGUCCCUUCCACGAUGAUGCCGGAGGAAGACGAAGAAAUGACCCCUGGAGGGGGAGUUGGUGACGAUGAUGGUCAACAGUCCGAAUACCAGCACGCCGAGAAACAUGGCAGCAGCCGCAGCGCAGUCGAUCGUAGCUAUUAUACGAGUUCGAAUCGGGAUCGCGACAAUCGUUACGAUGACGAUUAUCACCAUCGUUCCAAUCGUGAUCGCGAUCGGGAACGAGGUCACCGUGACCGGGAUCAUCGUGAUCGGCAUCGCGAUCGUGACCACCGUGAUCGAGAUCGUGAUGGUGCCCGGUAUCGGGAUCAUUAUCGUGACCAUCGGGAUGAUUAUCGGGAUCGGCGUGACAAACGUAGCCGGUCGCGAUCGAAAGAAGCACGGUCGCGCGACCGUGAUCGUGACCGACAGCGAUCGCAACGGGAUGAUCGUGCAUCACGUGAUGCUUCCCGCACGGAACGUACUGUACAAGAUCGUCUAUCAGCGGAAAUCGAACAAGAGCUGGCAAACUUGCGAAGGCAGCAUGAUUUAAAGGAAGCAUUAAAAAAGCAACAGCAACAAGGAGGUGAUAAAGAAACAUCUUCUAAUAAUGAAGAUGAUAGCCAGGACGAUUCGAAACCUACGGGAAGCGGAGGUAGAACGAACACUGGGGCACAUUUCAGCGGACGGCUUACAAAACAGAACUCAUCUAGCUUUUUACUAAAAAAUGAUUCAGAGCAACCAGUAGAAUAUGUGCCCGAGAUUCAAACGGAGGAGGAGCGCAUCGAAUUUCAGCGCAAAAUGCAGGAAAAGCUACAACAACAUCUCGCAGCAGAAGGGAAACUAUAUCCACCACCAUCGAAACCAAAUCGCGAUACACCACCUCCGAUGAACAUGACCGGGUUCGCAAACGAUGGGUCAUUUCUGGAGAUGUUUAAAAAGCUCCAACAACAGCAAGCGACUGCUCCAACGUUGCUGCCGGCAGUAGCCACCGUUCCUGCUGGCGUAAAACCCAUGAUGGUUCCCACUGCUCUACCGAGAAUGUCUGUCGUCGUUCAGAAACCGGGUCCAUUUAAAAUGGGUCCCACCGUAUCUACGGCUGCAGUGUCUCAGGUCGUGAAAUCUUCGGUAAUAGACAAAGAACCUCCGCCACCAGUGUUGCCCGUCUUUGGACGGCGGCGAGGCGGAAAGAUUCUUAAAACUGGCAUGGUUAAGAAGGUCCGACCAGUCGAAGAAUCGACAGCGGACGCGCCAAACGACGCCUGGACGCUUUAUCUGCAGGAGGUCAAGAAGUACAAGAGCGCUUCGUGCGAUGCAGAUUCGAAAACGCGUCCUCUGGUCAAAUAAGGAAUUUUUGAUGGGCAGAGUAUUAGUUUGGGAUGCUUCUUUGUCGUGGGAGAAAAGAAAUUAUAUGUUUGGGGUAUUACAUUACGUAUAACACAUAAUUGAAAUAAUGUUUCUAUUCUACUCCCAUUGCUUAAAGAACGCAAUGAAGUUGGUAUUAUAUUUAAGUGGAGCGUAAGAAGGUGAUAUCAUGAGGUAACAGGAUUCUCCUUUUUGUAUUUGGCAGGUCUGCUCUUAGACAUGUACAUAAUAAGUUAUCUAAAGUAUUGAAUUUCAAAUAACUUCUUGGCAAGGGUUUUAUUAAACACCCUGAAAAUGCUAUAUUUUGCAAUGUGCAAAUGAUGUUUGCUCUUAGUGCAGGCAGUAUCUAGGCAGGAUUUUAUUUGGGAUAGGAAAUAGAACGCACACGGCUGUUGAACGUUCUCUACCCCCCCGCUUUACUGUGGGGAUUAUACAAACACAUACAACAACAAAACUUGACGAUAUUUUCUCUGGA